UUUAGUUCGCCGUAAAAGUGAGAAAGAGAGAGAUAGAGAACGUCGAAAAAUACAAGAUUUUUGUUGGUGAAACAAUCAGAAGUGUGGGACUGGAUUUUUAUAAUCUAAGUUAAUCGUGAGAGGAAAAUGCCGGAAGAAAGUGAAAAACCAUCUUUUUCAUCGAGACUUCAAAAAUAUCUCAAGGAGGCUCCUUUCUUCUGUAAGAUCAUCGAACUUAUCUUAUGCAUCAUAUCAAUUGGUCUGAUAGUCAAUCCUUUCAAUGAGAUUCAUCGAGAAGACAUAGAUCACGUCGCUAUUGUCUACGUAUCUCUCUGCGGCUAUAUUUUGAUAAAUGCUAUCAUCAUCCUGUGCCAUUUACUUGGUGACCGUAUACCGAAGAAAACGGCUAUAGCAUUUUCCGUGAUGGGGGCGGUACUUUGCCUUAUAGCCGGCCUUGUCCUGAUUCGUGACUGGACCGAGUUCCCCAACAAUUUGAUAUUCCGAUAUGUCGAGCAAUACAGCGAUCAGAUGAUCUCGAGUGGAGUUUUCGUUAUUAUUGCGGCAAUCGUUUUCGCCUGUGACAUAUAUUUCAUUAACAAAUACUAUUAAAAUCUUUACCGCUAAAUGAAAUGAAUCAACGAGUAUUGAUCUCUAAAAAGUGAAGACAUUUUCAAAUUUCUUUAUAUCUCGCAUUAAUUGAUCCACUAACUUUUGUAAACUCAUGAUAAUAUUAUUAUCACCAAUGCAAAGUUAACAUAGAUAGAGAAAAACAGAGAAAGAGAGAGAGGAAGAGGGAAAGGAAGGGAGAGAAAGUAUGUGUUUUAGAUAAAAUUCAAUUUUCUCAAGAAUCUAACGAUUACGUGAUAGAACGGAACAAUUAUUCGAAUUAUUUGAUUUAGAAGUUUCAGAGAAAUAUUUAGCUCUUAUAAUUCGCGAAAUGCGGACUAUACUUUCGAAACGAACUACACGUUAUUGAAGAUAUUAUUACGAAGUAUUGGGAACAUGGAUGAUAAGAAUUUGUUAUCUAGUUCGAAGAGAAAAUAAAAAUAAGGUAGAUAAAUGAACAAAAUAUUGCGACAACUUGUUCGAUGUAUGUAUGUAAGUAGUGCGACAGUGAAACAAGUUGACGUGUGGUCAGACCGACAAAAGAUGACCACACGAAAGCUCGCGUAGAGCGUAUCAUAAUCUGUUUCUAUAUAUAUCUGUAUGUAUAUAUACACACACAAACACAAAACAAAUAGACAUAUACACAAAACAAAGUUCAAAGUUAAAAUAACUUGAUAUUAUAAGAAAACAACAAAUUUAGAAACGCAGUAUUUAACUAAUCUAAAUAAAAAAUAAGAAAUUCAACGUUGAAAUAAUUUGAUAUUAUAAGAAAAUAACAAAGUAUCCGGACUUUUCGGCUUGAAAUCGAAGGACUUUUCAAGUAUCACAAUAUCCACAGAAUGAGGGCGAAGUAAGCUGUUACUAACUUUUGAGUAUAUUACUCUGAAAGUAGAAGAAGAAAAAUUUUGUAAGAUUCUCUCGUUGGAUACUGCAACUUUGAAAACUGAGAGCGAUUCUACGCUCUUAUCGAUCCAAACGUCGAAACAUGUCUUCCGCAAUAUACAUACUACGUCUAUAUAUUUCGAAAAUAUAAUACGUUCUUCUUA